CUGGAUUUUACAGACGUGUUUUUCAUUUUAUAAAAAUUCGAUUAAAAUUAAAAAUCUUAAACAAAUAAAAAAGUUAGAGAAAUUCUAUUUUAUUAUAAGUUUUUUUAACCUGGUUGCAUAGAACUAUUUAUCAACAGUUGCAUUAUUUAACAUAAAAACAAUGGAAAAAGUGGAAAAUAAAAGUAAUCUUAAAUCAAGGACUACAAAUCCAAAACAAUUUCGGGCAAUGAUCGAUCUAAUGAAAAAAUAUCCAAAAAUAGAAGAAAAUGGUAAUCAAAGAACUUCCCAAGAUGUUCUAUACUUCUGGAAAAAUUUAUCCAUACAUUUAAAUGCAAUGGGACCACCAAAAAAAGAUGUAACGCAAUGGAAAAAGGUUUGGGCUGAUUAUAAAUAUGUUUUAAGGAAAAAAUUGCUCGCCCAAAAGAAACUAAAUAUGAUGAACAUGAAUAAAAAAAUUAAAUUCACUCCUUUAGAAAGAGAAGCUAUGCAAUUAUCUUUAUUUGAAUAUUAUCAAGAAAAGUCAAAUCAAGUUAAAAUUUUUACAAUUCCAAAAGUUGGUUCUACAGAAAAUGAAAAUAAUUCGUACAUUGAAAAUGCUGAAGCAAUUGAUGAUAGAAUUAAUUAUGAAAACAAUGAUGAAUCUUUAUUUCCAAUUGAAUUUUUUUCAACUCCAAGAAGUGAUUCAACAGAAAAUGAAGAUAUUACAAUCAUAGAAAAUAUUGAAGUUGUUGAUAGAAUAAAUGAAGAAAAUAAUGAUGAUUCUUUAAAUCCAAGUUUAACUGAUUCACAUUCGGAAAGUAAAACUGGUGGAGUUAAGAGAAAAUACAAAUAUAAUUUUGAAAAUCGAAGCAAUUGUCAGGAGAAAUUACAUGAAAGCUUUUCAUCAAGUAUCUCUCAACAGAAUAAUAAUCAACAAGAUAAUAAAAUUGAUAAUAAGGAGUUGAAUGCAUCAUUAGGAAAAUUAUAUGAACAAAAUAAAAUCACAAAUAGAAUCUUGCAAGAGCAGUUGUAUGAAAUGAAACGUCAUAAUAAAUUGAUUGAAGAACUUGCUAAAAGAAAAACUCAUAUGCAAUCCAAGAUACUAGAUUUAAAAUUACAAAAAUUAAAAAAGAUUGGCAUUAAUAGUGAAUUAAAGAAUGUAUUCGAAACCAGAACAACAAUUAUUGAUGAAGAUGAUAACCAACAUAUUAAUAACAAUGACUCCAAUUCAAGUUUUAUUGAAGGUGAAAAUGAAAUAAUUGAUGAUAUUCCAACUAGUUCUUCCUAUAUACGAAAGCAAAUAACUUGUACAAAUGAUAAUGAAGAAGCUAUAGAAAAAAUAGAAUUGGAAAAUAAUGAAGAAGAAAUUUCUAUAAUUGAUAUAAAGAAUGAAACUAUUAACGAUACCAUAACAGAUACUUUGGAUUCGAGAAGAUGUUCUAAAAUAAAUUCUAUAGAAAAGAAUUAUUCAAAUUCAAAAAAUAAUGAUCUAAAAUUACAGAAACAAAAUAAUAAUAUUAAUUAUGAUAAAGACUCCAAUUUCUUAUGUUCAACACAUCCAAAACCGCCCCGUUGUAAUUCAAAUGUUAGUUGUAAAUUCAAUGAUAUUCGAAACAAUUAUGAUCACUGUCAUAAUAACUGUGAACAUGAAUUAGAAAUAUUUGGUAAAAGUGUUGGAAAACAAUUAAUGAAUUUACCUUUAGAUAAAGCUUAUGAAUUAGAAUUUAAGAUUCAACAUUUGUUAACGAAUGCAAAAUUACUAUUAAUUAAAAAAAAUCCAAUUAGCUUAUAAAGUAGAAUGUAAUCUUUAAAAAAAU